AUGCCACCGAGCGGCCUGUCCCAGGCGCAGAGGCCGCGACACAUUACCGCCUCCACCCACGUGCUCGCCACCCGUCUCACGGACAACACGGCGGAGCGUGUGACCGUUGGCAACACACCCCUGCACGUCCUUCAUCUCUGCGAUGUGCAGUGCGUCGCCCCACUCUUUGCCUCGUGCGUGUCGCUCACCACCAUGACGAUUCACUUGAAGUACAUGGCGUCGUCGACGGCAUUGGAGGCGUUGCUGUGUGCGGCGGCAACAUCCCCGACUCUGACGCACAUCUCUGUGAUAGGUGGGGUAACUUCGAUGGAGUCCGUGGCCAUGGCAUCUGGGCUUGCGGCGUUCACGUGGAAUGGGAGGGUGCACGCGCAGAGAGUUUUGCGUGUCGAUGCCACCUCUGAAUCACCGCUUCCGCGCACGGUUCGCCGCGUGCCGUCCGCGCUGGAGGGCUAUCCUGCCAUGAGCGGUCGGGGCGGAGAACGAGGGAACGCGCGUGGGCGUCGGUACCCGUCCUCCGACCGAUCAGCGGCUCUUUCUCCGUAUGUGCGCACUCCUCCUCUCACGCUUCUGCGACGGCAACGAUGCGCGAACAGCGAGCGUGGCGUGCCACCGCCACCGAGCGCUUCCUCCCGUCCCACCCAAUGGAGACUGCAAAGGGGUGGUGCAAUGUGGGCGGUACCCGACACAGUCUCUCCUUGGGUCAUGCCGACUUCGUAUCCGGCGUCACUGGCACCGUCUCCGGUCUUUCCGCGAUCCCCUCCGCACGUGAGACCGUUCUCUGACCACCACCUUGCAGGCGGGGUUCACCUCACCCUUGAGCUGCACAGGCUGGAGGAGGCUACGGCGGCGCUGCUGUUGGACGGACUGCGCAGGGCCCAUCGAAUCAUCUCAGCAGAGGUGCGACUGUGCGUGGUAACGGUGGAGGCGCGGCGUGCAGGGCAGCGUCUGGCCCACGAGGCAACGCGAGCGGCGGCACAUCACCGCCAGCGGCGGUUGCUGCGUUUGGCGCCGUCUGCGACGAAUGCCGUGGUGCGUCUGAGUCGCCUUCCGCAGACGAGAGCGAAGGGGCAAGAUGGUAGUGCUCGCUGUCGAUGGCCAUCGCCCACCAGCGGUCUGGGGGUCUCUCCCAGACCUUGCUUGCGCACCCCAGUCCCACCGCCACCUUCACCGCCGCAGCGUCCUCCUGCAUCACCGCGGCCAGUGACGGCAGUAGAACCGGAUGCCGGCUGCACGGAUCAAGGAGGACGCAGGGCACUGCUCUCUGUAGAGGCGCCUGGCCCACGCCAGCAGACGGCGAGGCGCCACGAGCAACGGCUUGCACCAAGGUGUCUAAUGCCGGGUGCUACGCUUCCCCGGCAUCGUUGCGGUGCAUCUGUGCAGCCGCACACGCCUCUGACGCCGUCGCCAUCCUCUGCGGCUGGUGGGGGUGCAACUAUGAGGGCUUACCGUCCCGUCCUCUCCGCCAAUGAGGGGGUAGCUGUACAGACCAGCCAGGCCGAUGCUUUUCGCCGUCGGGCCCGGCACGCCUCUCCUCCAUCUGCGGGUGUCGGAGCAAACGCCCUUUCCCGUCUUGUGUCACCGCGUCAAUAUCUGGCGCGAGCUGGCCGGCUCUACAGCCCCCCGCGAUGGGUGAGUCGCGCACAGCCGCUUACCAACAGUUCCGCGCCUCCUCCACUGCCACUCUCAAAGGCGGCGUUUUGCUCUACCCCCUCAAACGCUUCCGCGCAGAGCACUUUGUCGCCUGCAGGGUUGCGGCUUGAGCUUCGCGCGUCCUCGUCGUCGUGGUCGUUGCGGUCGUCAUCGCCACUGCCGCGACCACCGCAGCCGUCACCGCGCCGAGCCAACGUGGCCUUCGCGAACGUUGUGGCACGGGAGCAGGCAGUGGAGGAUGAGAACGGGGAACACGCCACGCGUCCAGCUCAGCGAACACCGCCGGACUCCGUCUCCGCGCGCCUCAACAGGCGCGGUCUCCGCCGGCUCGCCACCUUCUCUGCUCGCCCACCUCACUCACCUCCGUCCUACCCUGACGUUCUUUGCUCUCCGCGGUACUGUCUUCGCCGCGGGAGUGACAGCCUGGGUCUGGGGGCAGGGCAUCGCGGCAUCCCUCGCCCGCAGACGCCGUCUCGUUGCUCCUCCUCUCGGUGCUCUUGCUUUGUGUGCUGCUCUCGCCCGCCGAGAUCUCCGGUGGCGAGCGCACGACCGGCGCCGUGUACGGCAGCGCCAGCAAACUUGGGGAACGCAAUACUGGCUUUUGCGGCGGCGACGGCCAGUGCGCCACGACCACCGCGACCCCAUAAGCACGAUGUGACUUCUGCGCGCGAAGACAGGGAUGCUGGUGACGUCACGCCUACGACGCACUCGGCGGCGACGUCGGUGAAUGGCAUUACACCGACACAGAUACGGAGCGGAGGAGAACGAGAGAGGGACAGCUCCACCGCUUUUCACGAGGCCGCGACUUCUGCGUCUUCCUCGUCGCGACGCACCGCCCGCAGUGCUCACGCGGCGGCAGACAGCGUACGCCGAUCACUGAAUAUGGAUCUCGGGGAAGGCGACCGUUCCAGCGCUCGACACAGUAGUGCGCGUGCGCGGAUGGAGUCGGCAGCGCGCAGAUGCGAAGGAUCACACUUGCAGGUCUCGCACACCCAGAUGCCCUCGUCUCUGCCGCUGCAGUCCCCUGAGCAUCAGCAGUGUGGCGAGGAGGUGGGUUACGUCGUGUACCAUAACUCUGUGGCUUUCCUGCGCGCGCGUGUGACGGAGAUCAACCGGCAUGUGGUGUGGCACCAGGUGCAGUCAGCCAAGGCUGUUGAGGCGCAUUCGAAGAGACUGGCGGAGCUGGGGGUGACGUUUUCCGACCGAGUCACGGAGGAGCUGACAGACAUCUUGAUGGUGCUCACCGACAUGGAGCACGGGUCUCGCAUCAGCAGCCGAUUCUGA